AUUAUAUUUAUAACUCAAUCUUAAGUGACAUAAAACGCGACAUAUCAGGAAGAAAAAUCAUGGAUGUAAUUAUGUUAAUAGGUCAUGGAAAGUUUUUCAGAUUUUGGGAAACAACAUUUAAAAGUAAAAGAAGUGUUCUUAAAAGAAUUUAGUAAAUUGAUCUUAGAAUCAGGAGUAAUAAAACAAGAACUUGGUAAAAGCACGCUAAACAAAUGCUUUGGAGAAAAGUACGAUAAUCAUAAUUUGACACAGUUUUUUGUUAAAUGGAUUAUCAAGGAAAUAGAAGGUUCUGAACAAAAGCGUAAAUCAGUACAAGAAAUUAACAAGGUGAUGCUUAUUGUGGAAUCAGAACAAGAUGUUUUAAGAGUUCAUGCAAUGAGUUGUGAUAUAAAGUUUUUUUUUUAUCAAGAAAAUUCAGUCUGCUGUAUAAAAAAAAAACUAUUUAAAAAAGAAACAGUUAACAAGUGGGGUUGGCCUAACAGAUGGUUUGUUGAUGUUCGUCUCUUUAAAGAAACUAUUAAAUCAUGCAUAUCCUCUAUUUGGUAUUUGCCACAGGUAGAGCGUUUAGAGAUGGUCGAGUGUAGUUUAGGAAAGAAUAUUUAUGAAAAAUUGAGUUUUGUUCCUUAUGAUAUUGGUUACAUGAAACAUCUAAAAGUUUUAAAUUUACGACACAAUGACUUGAAAAGAUUGCCUUUUGCCCUAACAAUGUGUGAAAAAUUAGAAGAGCUGUUAAUAGAAUAUAAUUCUUUUACUUGUUUACCAGAAUUUAUUUUACAAUUUCCUUGCAUUAACAAACUCUACCGGUUUCAUAACCGUUUUGAUUUCAGCAAUUUCAACUUUAUUGAAGAAAUUCCAUAUAACAAAUUAGUUUUUAACUGUGAGACGUUAUAUUUAAUGUCUUUGAAAUCUAUUCUUAGACAAGUUAAUAAUUAUGACUUGAAAGAUUUUUUACAAUCUUUUCCUGUUCACCUGCAUCAUGACGCUUUAAAACUUAUAAAUGGUAUUUGCAGUAACUGUCAUAAAUUCAUUCUACAUGAAGAGAGUUAUUUUAUGUAUAUCUAUAAAUAUCAAACGUUUGUAAACUGCAGUUAUGUUCCUGUUGCAGUGUAUACAUGCUCUCGCGUUUGCGCCGAAGUUUCCUUAAACCAAAAAAAAGUAUAUGAUCGUGACGACGAAACUGCCGAAACAAUAUCUUUUUCCUGUUUUGAUUCCGAAACGAAAUCUAAUUCUUCCUGUUUUAAUUCCAAAUUAAGAAGUAUCAAAAGAUUUAUCUGUCUGUAAUUAUAUGUUAUCUGUAUUGUGGGGCCUUCAAGCUGAAUUUCUACUAUCAUGGCCUAAUAACUACAACUUAACAAGUAUAAUUUUAAGAAAUGAUAUUAAUAAAAUUUUAUAAAACAUGUAGUUUUUUAAUGUUUUGAGGAAGAAAAAAAAAAUUAACAGCA